UUUUGAAAGGAAAACAACUUUUACAGACUUGGUCGAAUCGCUGAUGACAUUAAGAUAAACAUUACUUAAGUGUUUGGCAAUAACAGACAGUUUAUCAACCACACGACUCAGUAAAUUGAAACCUUGAGCCAGACCCUAUAAUUUUUAUUUUGCCCUCGCGCUUAACUAAUGUUUUAACAGCUUUCUUGAAGUUUUCUCAGUAGGUAUUAGAAUGUCCGGAUGUAUUCAGUAAUAUAAGCGAUUUAUCUCCUCGCUUCUUAAGGAGUCGAGACGUUAUGAUGAACGAUGGAAAUUCAAGCAAAUUUAAUUUUUGAAGUGUUGAACUUGAAAAUGGUUCAAUUCUCUGCAGUGCUGCAUUAAAGAAACCGCAGAAUUGAAGCAAGGAAGCGAAAGGGAAAUGAUUAUAGCAAAAAGGCGUAAAACUAUACGCCGCAACAAGCUGUUCGCCAACAGAUUAUAAGUGAGCCGCAGCUGUGAAUAUAAUGAACUGUUGAAUCCCCAUUCGGUCGUGAGCAGAGCUUCUCAGCCACACACGCGUGACUCCGCGCGCGCAAUAAACAUUUCAAUUAUGCUCUGAUGAGCGGCUUCUCGCUUGCAGAAGACAAAGAGAAUAAUGGUGAAAAGGUGGAUGAGGAAAAGCCGAAGGAACUGAAAAUCUGUGCGCAGUGUAACAAAAAGAUCGAGGGGAAGUUUUUGCUGCGAGCCUUAGACCAGUUCUGGCACGAAGAGUGUUUGAAGUGUUCCUAUUGCAAUACUCAGCUGUCUGACUUGAGCUUUAAGUUUUACAUCAAAGGAGAUCAAAUACUUUGUAAACGAGACUACAUCAGACUGUUUGGAGCCACAGGAAUUUGCUCUCGAUGCUUGAAAAUCAUUCCACCGCUUGAGAUGGUAAUGCGGGCGCGUGAACACGUGUAUCACUUGGACUGCUUCGCUUGUCACGUGUGUCGAUACAGAUUCUGUGUUGGAGACCGAUUCUACCUUUAUUACAACACAAUCCGCUGUCAAGAUCAUUAUUAUGGCGACAGGGGCUACUUCUACCAGACUCCUUUCUUUUGGUGACUCGAUCCUACGCGAGGGGAUGACAGUUUCUCUUGUCAACUCCUCUCUGUAAGCUCUCUCUCAUUUCAGCAUGACCGUCGCAAAGGACAAGGAAACGAGUCUGACUUUUGGUUUGCCUUUCAAAACGUUUUUCUCACUAAGAUUUGUUUUUCUCACUAAGAUUGUAAAUCCAUGAAUGCAUUCACAAUUACAUGAAAAGAUUUUAAGACUUGUACUUUGUUUUGCAAAUUUCUACUUUUGCUCGGACAUUGUUUUUUGUUUAUUGCAAUAUUUCGUGCUGAUAGCUUUAGAAUGAAAUGAGAUAAAAGUUGUAUUUUCGAGUAACAAGAGAAUGUGCAUUACGGAAGAUUAUGACGGUGUAAAAAUAAAUCUUAAAGAUUCAAAUAUCCAUUUACUUGAA